UAUGCUACGCAAAAUAGAGUUCAAUGGAAACGUUUUGCCACAACAUAUUGUCCAUCAAUGGUUGGACGGAACAAAAUUGUGGAACAUAAAUUGAAAGUAUACGGACGCAAAGUGAACCUAAAACCCUUGGAUCUUUGUCCCAAUUUGCCGAACUAUGCAGGGAGUUGCUCCAGUAGCGACCAAUCACCACGUCUCCUCUCUCCUGGAAAUGUUUCAAUGGACUUGCACGAGAACGAUUUCCAAGUACUGCCACCGGAGUUUGAUGGUGUGAAGAAACAGUUUGAUGUCUUCGACUUGGAGCAGUUAGUUACGCUUUUGGAAAACCGCUUUUCAUCGAUCAAUAUUCCCGUGGAUUAUGGCAUCUGCGUUUCCUUCAUAUGCCCUGAGUCAACGGCAGACGAGAAAACGUGCCUCUUCAAAUGUGACGAACUGUUUCGCGCCGUUCGGAAAUCCUUAGGCAAUUGGAGAUGCAAAGCUUUUACUGAACACAUUUCAACAAACUGCAAAUUGGUGACGCGGAAGCAGGCUUUGAACCCCAUCCCGUUUCUGUAUGAGGGUUGGUGGUUUCCGGAGUUUGUGGAUAAGUUCCGAUUGGACAGAGAGGUAUCACUGUGUCCCAUCACGCAAUCUGAAGUGGAAAACCCAGAAAAGCCCUGGAUGGACGGAAAUGACGUCAUCAUGGUUUCACCGCUGGACCGAUCGAAGCUUGAAAGACGGGGCUCAUCCGGACAGACUGGAUCCAUGCGAACUGCCCAGACGAAUCCGAGUAGCGAGUACAGUACUACCUCAUCCAGUGACAGUCCAGGAUAUGUGAACAGAUCUAGUUUGACCACAACAGCCCUAUGAGAAACUCUAAGAAGCUCGCUGAUAGGAACCACGAAAGAAGGGGAAAUUAGUUUUCAUGACUGGACGAACUAUAUGUGAUAGUCUACGGUCACAAAAAAAUCCGACAAGCUAGUCGCUAAACAAUGAAUAAACGAUUAAGAGGGAAUUGGUUAAUAUCAGUUAGCAACAGAGGCUCCGACCAUCGAAGGUGCUACGGAACUUUGAAUUCAGUUGUUUUUCGUUGUAAAUUUAAAAAUAGGUUACUCAAACGUCAGAUAUUGUCGAAAAUAUUGACCUUCCAAUCAUAAUUUGAGCGGCAAUGAAGAGUUGAUUAGUUUUGCAGUGCCAAAAAAAGAAGUGAUAUUUUUUUCAAAAAGAGAUGUCAAAUUAACUUUGGUCGGAGCAUUGUGCGCUUAUUUCACAGUUGCCAGCUAUUCUGCUUUAAGAAUAGUUUUCCACGGCUACAGUAGCCUUGAGUGAUAUUUGAAUUUGAAUACGUUUUGUCGCAUUUUAUGUAAUUGUCCCUUAUAGAAUAAUUAUAAGACACUGCCAUAUCUGCUGAUUUAUUU